AUGUCCGAGGGAUUAACAACCAACAAAAACAGCGGAGGGCGAAUCGUUGUUAGCUGGAACCCUUCUAGUUUUCAUGUUAAUAUCAUCAAAUGUACUAGCCAGUUGAUACAUCUUGGAGUUACAACUGUUGACAAUAAGAAUUUCUUUUUUGUUACUUAUGUCUAUGUUUUUAAUGAUGAGGAAGGGAGGAAAAGGCUUUGGAAAGAUCUUCAAGAUCUGACUGUUAAGGGUCCUUGGAUUGUAAUGGGUGACUUUAAUGACAUUUUAGCAAAAGAGGAGCGGAUUGGCAAUAGAGUUAGAUAUAAGACAUCCACUGACUUCAUUGACUGUGUAGCAAACUGCCAACUUGAAGAUGUCAAAUAUAGUGGGAAUUUUUAUACUUGGUGCAAUAAACAAUAUGGAGAAGACAGAAUUUAUUCUAAGAUAGAUCGUGUGCUAGCAAACCAAGUUUGGUUGAGUUUAUUCCCUGAUGCUGAGACAGUAUUUUUGAAUGAGGGGCCGUUUGACCAUACCCUAGCAGUCCUCACUGUUUAUUCAAAUGUCCCUUGUGGGACAAAAAUGUAUCGAAUAAUUACUAAGUUGAAGGCACUAAAGGCAGUAUUCAAGGGGAUCAAUGCUCAAGGUUACUCUGAUAUAAUUAGUGCAGAAAUUCAAGCUAGAGAUUACCUAGCUGAAUGUCAAAAUAAGCUUCAGUGUGAACCCUUAAACCCUGUCUUACAUGUCAUGGAGUUGGAGGCUAGGAACAAGUAUACUAAGGAACUUCUGGGUAGUAAGCUGCUGCAAAGAAAGAAAGUGUUGGCUGGAGUGAUGAAUCAAGGUCCUAAAGUAACAGAAUUGCAAUCAGAGCUACUAUUGAAAGAUUACACAAAAGAAGAAGUUAGGAAAGUGUUCUUUGAAAUCCCUGGAAAUAAAGCACCAGGUCCGGAUGGUUAUGGGAGUUUCUUUUACCAAGGAAACUGGGACUUAAUUGGAGAUGAAGUUGCUGAAGCUAUUAUUUCUUUCUUAAAGAUUGGGCAGCUGCUUAAAGAGAUAAAUACCACAGUGAUUACACUUGUUCCCAAAACCAAGUGCCCGAAUAUAGUGAAGGAUUACAGACCAAUAGCCUGCUGCAAUGUCAUUUACAAAGCAGCUACGAAACUGAUUUGCUCGAGGCUCAAAACAGUUCUCCCUAGUAUUGUGGCUCAAAAUCAAGGAGGUUUUGUUCAAGGUCGCUUCAUAGCGCACAAUAUAAUGAUUUUCCAAGACUUAGUCUGUCAUUAUGGGAGAAAAUCAUCAAAAGCCAGCUGUUUAAUUAAGCUAGAUUUACAAAAGGCUUAUGAUACCAUUGAGUGGAGCUUUAUAGAAGAAGUGUUGUAUGGGUUCCAUUUCCCUGAGCAUUUUAUUCAGCUGGUCAUGACAUGUAUAAGAACACCACAAUAUUCACUUAUGCUUAAUGGGUCGAUGCAUGGAUAUUUUGAAGCUAAAAGAGGGCUGCGACAAGGGGAUCCGAUGUCUCCUCUUAUUUUUGUGCUGGGAAUGGAAUACCUCACUAGAAUAAUGCAAAAAGGCCUCAUGCUAUUUUCGCAAACAUCAAGACUACAGCCUAAUGCUUCGAAGUCUGCAAUAUACUACAGUGGGAUGAAUUCUAAUGAGGUCCAUCGCAUUUUGGAAGCUUCAGGAUUUAGGAAAAGUGAUGUUCCGUUUCACUACUUAGGUGUUCCCAUCUGUCCUAAACGCAUCUCUGCAAAGGAAUGCAGCUUGCUGGUGGAUAAAAUGACUAAUAGGAUCAGGUCUUGGAGCACAAGGAACAUCUCAUUUGCAGGUCGGGCAGUCUUGAUUAACUCUGUUCUCCUUUCAAUUCAUUCUUAUUGGAGUCAAAUUAUGCUGCUGCCCAAGAAGGUGAUUAAAGAGAUUGAAGCUAUCUGUCGAGCAUUCUUGUGGACUGGUCAACAAAUGAUGGUUGGAGCAGGGAAAAUAGCUUGGGACAGCAUGUGUAAGCCUAAAGCAGCAGGAGGUAUAGGCUUCAAGAAUAUUGCUGAAUGGAACAAAGCUGCUAUGUUCAAGUAUGUAUGGGCUGUAGCAGCCAAAGAAGAUAAUUUGUGGGUUAGAUGGGUGCAUAGUGUGUACAUAAAAGAUGGAGUAUGGUGGGAUUACAUAGCCCCGGUUCAUGGAAGCUGGUAUUGGAGGAAGGUUGUAGCAAUUAAAGACCAAGUGAAGACUCUUGUGGAUUUAGCUCUGUUUCCUCAAAGAAAGUAUAAGAUUGCAGAGGGAUACAAACUUCUUAGUCCUGUACAUGAACAAGUUAAUUGGAGCAAGGAAUUUUGGGGGAGAUUGAAUACCCCAAAGCAUAGUUUCAUACUAUGGCUGGCUAUCCAAGACAGAUUGAAGACUAAAGCAAGAUUGUAUAGAUUCAAUGUUCUUCCUGAAGCUAGGUGUCAGUUUUGCAAAGUGGCAGAUGAAACAACUACUCACCUAUUCUUUGAUUGCCCAUUUUCUAGUGAGUGUCUUCAACAGAUUAAGAGCUGCGUUUGCUGGGGGAUAUCUGCGUGCCAGCUACCUUGCAUUAUGAGGGUGAUUGGAAGAAUGAAGGCAACAAGGUUCAGGAAAAUGGUACUUUCAGCUAUUAUUGCUGCACUGGUGUAUCAUUUAUGGAGGGCAAGAAAUGAAAGUCUUUGGCUAUCCUCCCUUGACAAUCCAACAAGCAUUGUACAGAAGAUUAAAGCAGCUAGUAAGAUUAGAAUCCAAAGUGUAUGGCCAAAAAAAGUAUCUGCGAAAGAUUUUGAAUGGUAUACUGGAGCAGGUUUCUUGGUCAUUACUACCGAGUGGUUUGUUGAUAUUGCCAUAUCUGUUCAGUGGAGAAGGAUUGAAGAUGCCUUGGAGCAAGAAAUUCAGACUCAAAUGCAAAAUGAAUCCUCAUCUUCAGCUGGAAGUGUCUCUAUCUAUGAGAUGCAAGUUGUCACGAGGGUACUUGGACAACGUCGUGGUCACAACUAA